AUGGAAAGGAGAGGAUGGGCCGGUGUUGCAUUUGACACAGGUAAGGAUAUAAUGAUCACACGACAAGGAGAACGAUGGGAAAUAGUAGCUAUAUCAUCCGUUGGUGGAUGGUGGUGGUCGGAAGGGGUUGUGAGGACGGACAAAUCAUACCCGUAUUCAUUAAGAGAGAAGGAAAAGAGGAAUACACGUUUUUACAUGUCGGAAUUCCAAGGUCCUGAGCCUGCCCCAUUGGAGUGGACUAUAGUUCGUGGCCCCGAAGGCAGAUUUGCCCGUGGCGGCCCUAGUUCUUCCGCCGCAUCUGAGCGUGCAGGAGGAAGUUUUGUCGAUAAUGAGCCGCCACGGGGCAGGCCCUCACAGUCCACUAACACAGACUGGUUAGUGACAUCACCCCAGCCCGGGGGGCCGACAGAUACGCGACUGAUCCCUAGCUAUGGCGGGCACAUAGCUAAACUUAUUUAUGACGGCUCCGAGCGUACGCCUCCGAUUCUGGAGUGCCGUAUUAGGAAGAGACCGGUGGAGUCCAUCAUCGGAUUGAGGGAUUUGUCCGUUGAGCUAGUCGAUUUUCUACCUUCCACUUCCCUCGGUCGACUACCGGUCAUUAUGCACCAGCACAUCGACUUUGCUUUGAUAUCGGCGUUCGUCGAGAGGUGGCAGCCGGAUACGAACACCUUUCACAUGCCCUGGGGAGAGAUGACGAUUAUGUUGCACGACGUGCAACGCAUAUUGGGCAUUUCUAUUGAUGGUUCUCUGCCGGCUGAGCCUUCGGAGGCGGAGUGGGAGGUUGGUAUCACCAAUCUGGUCGGCGAGCCUCUGUCUGAGCUUCGACGUAAAGGUUCAUUCACCAGCGGAUGCAUAAGCGUUGCUGAACUGAUGCGGCUGUGUCAUAGGUCGCAUGCCUUGGAUACCCAGACCACAGCGUACUACAUGGCUGUCAUUGGCUCUACCUUGUUGGCGGAUAAGACCAGGACUGGCAUGCGACCUCACCCGAUAGUUGUCGUCAACGACGAUGAACAGGACGUGGCUUGGGGUGCGGUGACUUUGGCGUUCUUGUACAGGCAGCUCGGAAUGGCAUCUAGGGCUGGUUGCAAGACCAUUGCUGGAUGCCUCACAUUGCUCCAGACAUGGAUCUAUGAGUACUUCCCCGCUUUCCGCCCUCAUCCUCGCCGAGAUGAUGUGCCAAACACGACUAGGGCGGAGAUGUGGACGCCGAAGAAAGUAGGUCGUGAGCUGGACAGGUUGAUAUCAUUCCGCAAGGUUCUGGACUCAAUGACAGAGACUCAGGUUGAAUGGACUCCCUACAAUUGUGGAGCUGCUGCGUUGCUGAAUGAGCACCCACGCACCACAGUCAUCGGGGGUAUCACCUGCUUUGAUGUUGUGGAGGUGUAUUUGCCGGAGCGGGCAUUGCGACAGAUUGGGUUCGUGCAGUGUAUUCCUCCAGCUCCUAUGAGACCAGCCAAGAGACUGAACCUAAUUACGUUGAAUGGUUCAGAGUUUGCUCGCACCCGUACAUAUCCCGAGACGAAUUGCUGGCUUCCGGUCCUGGUCCUGUUCGCGAAAGAAUGGGCCAGUCGAUUCUCUCCAGUGGCAAGACUACCUACGCGGCUUGCGGAUUUGAACUCCCGUCAACGACAUGCGUUAGAAAUAUACCUUAAUGAUUGUAGAGAAUUAUAUGAUCAAUGGCAAACUGAUCAAGGGCAAGGCCCUGAAUAG